UCGUGGAUUUUAUCGUGAGUAUAAUCAUACACGAAAAUAAUAUUAGUUCAAUCAAUAGAUUUAUUUGUAAUAUGAAAUUAGUGUUCAAGACGACGCGCCUAGGUGGGUGCCUAGGCGCGAUUACUUGCUGGGCAUGGAGGAAACGUGGAGAAUUGGUCUGGGAGGAUGACCUGGGUGCACAAAACGCAGAAUCAAGCAGCAAAACGCCUAGGCGGCGAUUAGGCGUUGGGAAUCACGAUUCCCAUCUGUUGGAGACGCCGAGGGGAGAGCAGCAGCCGCAACGAGCAACCGGCGCCGUCCUCCACGCGAGCGACCAGCCACACUGUCCUCGCCGUUAGACUCGCCAUCGACCAGCGUCGCCGUCCUCGCCGCCAGACUCGCCAUCGACCAACGCCGUUCUCGCCUUCGUCCCGCCGGUCGUCCUCGCCCUCUCUCGCCGGUCGCCAUCAUCGAUACACCACAGCGGGUCGGCGACCAGGUGAGAAUGGUUUGGAAUUUUUUGUUCUGUCAUAUGUGGUGGGUAGUUGAUUGAUGGUAGGGAUGAGAUUUAGGGAAUAGAAUGGAGUUAAUUGG